AUGGCAAAUAACAUCUCGUGCCUGCUCCACGAACUCCCAAGCCUAGCGAUCUCCUCACCACCACCCCAGAGCGACCACCCUCAGAGCGACAUUGCCCUACGUCACCCAUCACCAUCACCAAUCCAGCUCCUGCUGAAGCCCAGCCAGCCCUCUGAGCUGUGGAGGCCCAAAGGGAGUUGGUCCACUAGCCCCAGUGCUCCCUGGACACCAUCACACCUCCUGCAAACUGUGAGGCCAGGGUCCAUGACCAUGGCAACCACUAACGCCUCACCAUGGUUUUCUUCGUCCCUUCCUUUCUCCCUAUUUCAGGGGUGGCAAUUGACCCAGAGGAGGAAAAGCAAAUCUCAGAUGGUGAGUAUCAAUGUUGUUUUUUGCACUACUAUUUAGAAAGCUAUAGAGGAGAAAAUUACUUACGAUAUAUUCAAUAGCUUGGGACUGUAGUGAACGGAUGUACUGUAUUUGAAGUGGGAAUGGUGAACUGCAUCGCAUUUAUCCAAUGUGUCAUGCACCUGUCAGGAGUUGACUGUAUUCUCUAGUCUUGCUUGCCAGACUCAUGGCGCUCCACACCCCAGUUGUGUGGGAGAUACAGCAGGUGUUUCAAGCGACUAGGAUUCUCUAACUACAGGCCUGUGUGCUGUGUGUUGUUUUUUCUCCUGGCAGAGGCCAAGAAGAAGAAGAAGAAGAAGAAGAAGAAGAAGAAGAAGAAGAAGAAGAAGAAGAAGAAGAAGAAGAAGAAGAAGAAGAAGAAGAAGAAGAAGAAGAAGAAGAAGAAGAAGAAGAAGAAGAAGAAGAAGAAGAAGAAGAAGAAGAAGAUGAUUUCCAGAGUUUCAUCUCAAGGGUGUGGAAGACCCUUACGUCCUGCGCCCCCUCUGGCCACAGCAGGGACUGAACCAGCAUGAAUGUGAAUGACUCAUACACAAAGACACCAGUUGACCUCACAGGAUCACUUGUCAGUGAGAGCAGCAGGGCUGCCGGCAGCAAACGUGUGGCAAGCUGGCAUUUGCCCCAUUACUUUUCAAUCAGGUGUGGCAGCGCCCCACCGAUUUUGAUUUGGUUAAAUAAAAAAAUAAAAAAUAUUAAACGGAAAAGCAUUGAAAACUAGGCUACUGUGUUUAAGACUUAGUUGUCAACUGGCGCACAAUUAAUCUGUGCUGCACAUCGGGAUACUGCAGGUUGUGGUCACGUUUCUACCAGCCUGGAAAGCAUGCACAAAGGUAACGCGGAAGUCACACUGGGUUCACACUGGGUUCAAAGCCGAAAAAAGUGUCCCAGCCAUAGAGGUAUUAUAUUAACUAGACUAGAGGAAGAAUAAUGGGCGCCCACUCAUUCCAAUGGAGUGGGCUCACAUAAGGGUGUCAUCAGGCCGGGGUGUCGUCAAGCCAGGCACAUCAGGUGAAGCUUGUGGUGUUGGGCCAAAAUCCAAGCGGAGAUGUCUGCCAGACACAGAAAUAACAGUGAUGAGAGACCAUGUGAGGAUGUGACAGAGUCAAGUGAUUUUGUGUACAGAGAGAACCAAAGUGGACCUGGCACUUAGGCCUGUUAACUUGGACACCAGUAGUGAGGAGGUAAGGUGCAGAUACUGACCCUUUCCAUGUCACAUGUUAGGAGCCAGCUACAUGUCAGGUGCAGACCCUGAGAAGUAUAUAGUAAUAUAAAUACACAGGUAGAACUUCUGUAAAUCAGCUGGAGUUGCAGCAGGAGUAGUCUCUGCAUCGUAACACCAUCAGUAAGGCUCUGAACUUCACAUAAACUUGACAAACCGCCACACAACAUGGCAAACGUUGAAGCAAACUGAACACACCACUAGUGUACAUCAUUGGCGUCAGCUGAUGGAGGCUGGAGGCUGGAGGCUGGAGCCAAAGAAAGUGCCUUCAUUUUGAACUACUAUUUGGACAAAAUACUUAAUCAGCCAUUUUAGUGUGUAUUGUCACAGAGUAGGCUAAUAGUUUGUCUAUCUGGUAUUUCAGUUCUUGCCACUGUGGGCCAUUCCCAUGUAAAAUGAGCAUGGGUGAUGGAGAUUUAUGCUUUUUACAGCUAAUACACAAUGCAGGUUUACAGUACCAUCUAGUGGGAAGAAAUAAAGCAUGCAUGGUACUGCAGGAAAUAUACCACAUACUGCAAAUGUCGUCAAAUAUAGGAUUAAUAUACUCAGUGGUGAUUUUAGCAAGUAAAUCUUGGUGGGGCAAACUCAACAUUUUUGGUUGUUGAUGCAUGCCAGCAAAGCCACUACACAACACAACACUAAACAAUACAUUAAUUGAACUAUAACAGUGACAAACAGUGCCCACAAACUGUUAGGGCCUACAUAAAGCUGUCCCAAUAGCAGAGCUUUCUUUUCAGCACCAUGGAGUGAAUCCUUACCACCGCUACACCUGGCUAUCAGCGGAGCCUUGUCUGGCAGUGAAACAGUUCAUUCAGCAUCAUUUACUGCCUUUAAAAAAAAACAUAGGUUAUAUGGCUGAUUUGUUUAAACAAAUGUGGUUUCGAAUGACAAUUGAGAUGUACAAACUAUGGCAUAAGGGAACGAUGAGCAGAUAAGAGGCAAUCCGUAAUUUCAAUUAAGACAUUAAUGAGCGAGCUAAGAUGGACAUAGUCAAUAUAACUAAUUGUUCAGCACUUUUAAAAUGUACAGCGACAGAAUUCAGAACAUGGGCCGUUCUUACAAUAUUCUCCCUGUACAUCAAGUAAGAACCGUAGGAUAAAUAAAGGGGGCAUAUAAGCAGACAAUGAAAGCUCUCACAAUAUUCGAUGAUGACAUUUCUCUAAAACAGGCUAUAGGCUACAUGUGUACCACCAAAUCAGAACAGUAGGCUGUUAUGAGGGGGAAAGGGACCAAAUUAUUAGGGUGAGGCACAUGGGCUACUAACAGCUUACUACACAACAUACACUUGUGGCGAAUACAUUUUUACAUUUUUUACAUUUUAGUCAUUUAGCAGACGCUCUUAUCCAGAGCGACUUACAGUUAGUGAGUGCAUACAUUAUAUUUUUUUCAUACUGGCCCCCCUGUGGGAAUCGAACCCACAACCCUGGCGUUGCAAACGCCAUGCUCUACCAACUGAGCUACAUCCCUGCCGGCCAUUCCCUCCCCUACCCUGGACGACGCUGGGCCAAUUGUGCACCGCCCCAUGGGUCUCCCGGUCACGGCCGGCUACGACAGAGCCUGGAUUCGAACCAGGAUCUCUAGUGGCACAGCUAGCACUGCGAUGCAGUGCCUUAGACCACUGCGCCACUCGGGAGAUGCAACAGGUGUAGACCUUACCGUGAAAUGCUUACUUACAAGCCCUUAACCAACAAUUGCAGUUCAAGAAAUAGAGUUAAGAAAAUAUUUACUAAAUAAACUAAAGUAGAAAAUAAAAUAAAAUAAAAAAAGUAACACAAUAAAAUAACAAUAACAAUAACGAGGCUAUACCAAGUCAAUGUGCGGGGGUACAGGUUAGCCGAGGUAAUUUGUACAUGUAGGUAGGGGUAAAGUGACUAUUUAUAGAUAAUAAACAGCGAGUAGCAGCAGUCUUAUGGCUUGGCUUGGGGGUAGAAGCUGUUAAGGAGCCUUUUGGACCUAGACUUGGCGCUCCGGUACUGCUUGCCGUGCGGUAGCAGUGAGAACAGUCUAUGACUGGGUGACUGGAGUCUUUGACCAUUUUGGGGGCCUUCCUCUGACACCGCCUAGUAUAUAGGUCCUGGAUGGCAGGAAGCUUGGCCCCAGUGAUGUACUGGGCCAUACGCACUACCCUCUGUAGCGCCUUAUGGUUCAGAUGCCGAGCAUUUGCCAUACCUGGUGGUGAUGCAACCGGUCAGGAUGCUCUCAAUGGUGCGGCUGUAUAGCUUUUUGAGGAUCUGGGGACCAAUGCCAAAUCUUUUCAGUCUCCUGAGGGGGAAAAUGAGUUGUCGUGCCCUCUUCAUGACUGUCUUGGUGUGUUUGGACCAUGAUAGUUUGUUGGUGAUGUGGACACCAAGGAACUUGAAAUUCUCUAACUGCUCCACUACAGCCCCGUCGAUCUUAAUGGGGGCCUGUUUGGCCCUCCUUUUCCUGUAGUAGUCCAUGAUCAGCUCCUUUGUCUUGCUCACAUUGAGGGAGAGGUUGUUGUCCUGGCACCACACUGCCAGGUCUCUGACCUCCUCCCUAUAGGCUGUCUCAUCGUUGUCUGUGUUCAGGCCUACCACUGUUGUGUCGUCAGCAAACUUAAUGAUGGUGUUGGAGUUGUGCUUGGCCACGCAGUCGUGGGUGAACAUGUCCCAGGGUUCUUAGCUUAGUGAUGAGCUUUGUGGGCACUAUGGUGUUGAACACUGAGUUGUAGUAUUACUUUCUUAGCUACAGUAUACAUGUCUCCCUGGCAUAUUACAUAUUAUAUCAUUUAUGGACUCACUUCAACAGGAAGGUGGCGCGGCAGUCCUUCUUGUGGGCAAACUUUGUCAUCAAACUUUGUCAUCAAAGUCUGGCAUUCUCUGGAUUUAUAGUGCUGUCACGACAACUGGAAACUCAGAAAAAAACAAGUUUGAAUCAUGACGUCAGUGGUCUUCAGGUCGGAGCUCUAGAAAGAGGCCUGAGUUCCCAGUUGUCUUGAACUCACUGAAGUCUGAGAUUUCCCAGUUCUGAGUUUCCAGGUGUUUUGAAUGCGGCAGAAGUCAUGCUGGAUUGACAGCAUGGCCAAUGUUGAAUGUUUAUCCUUUUAAGCUUGGAAAAGAGACCAUUAAACCUUGGACCACACGUCCACUCCACUGAAUAGCAGGCUAGUGAUUGCUUUGCAACGCUUGCAGUUAGCCACUGAUUCCUUCCAAACCACUCAUUGUUGAAUUUGCGAUUUCCAACUUGUUGUGUAAUAUUUAUGUCCAAUGGCCAAUGAGCCCACUGAAGUAGGUUACGUUUUAUCUAUAAUUUAUUUUCAUAUGACAAGGAUUGAAAAUAAUUUGCCAGUAGAUUUUCGACUUGAUUUAUGAUGAUGACUGCUUGUUUAGCUUGCUAGCUAAGAUGUUGAAAGUAUGAUGUUGAUAUGAUCAGUCCAAUCAAAGCUACAGUAGAUAUAAUGUGAUUUGACGUCAUUUUAUCUGUGGCCAAUGACCUUGAGCCUUCUUGGAUGGGCACUUCUAAUGUAAAUCUAUGGCAGCACCCAAGGGGCUUGAAUUUUUUUGCUCUCCCUGUAGAUUUUGCGGUGACGUAGUGUCCCCAUGAGUGACAGGACACUGAGCCAAUCACGGCACAACUAGAGAACAUUACCAACCCCUACGCUCUGUAUUUUCCGCUGGCUGCCCCACCACCACAGAAAGCACUGAGCUAGGCUGAAACACCUGCAUUUUGGAGAUGCCUUAGUUCGUAUGCAGCUUUAUUAACUCAAUGAUUUUUAUAUUUCUUUUACAUUGUUUGCAAACUGAUAUGUGACACGUAUUAAUGCCAAAAUAACAUGCAAAACAGGCAACAACAAAAAAAAAAAUUGCCCCACCUGCCCUGAAUGACGGGUCGCCACUGAAUAUACUGAAGAAAUAUAUAAACGCAACAUGUAAAGUGUUCGUCCCAUGUUUCAUGAGCUGAAAUAAAAGAUCCCAGAAAUGUUCCAUAUGCACAAAAAUAUUAUUUCUCUCAAAUGUUGUGCACAAAUUUGUUUACAUCCCUGUUAGUGAGCAUUUUUCCUUUGCCAAGAUAAUCCAUCCACCUGACAGGUGUGGCAUAUCAAGAAGCUGAUUAAACAGCAUGAUCAUUACACAGAUGCACCUUGUGCUGGGGACAAUAAAAGGCCACUCUAAAAUGUGCAGUUUCGUCAAAAAAUGCAUUGCCACAGUUGUCUCAAGUUGAGGGAGGAUGCAAUUGGCAUGCUGACUACAGGAAGGUCCACCAGAGCUGUUUCCAGAUAAUGUCAUGUUAAUUUCUCUACCAUAAGCCGCCUCCAACAUAGUUUUAGAGAAUUUAGGCAGUACCUCCAACCGGCCUCACAACCACAGACCACAUGUAACCACGCCAGCCCAGGACCUUCACGUCCGGCUUCUUCACCAGCGGUAUCAUCUGAAACCAGCCACCCCGACAGCUGAAGAAUUUCUGCACAAACUGUCAGAAACCAUCUCAGGGAAGCUCAUCUGCAAGCUGGUCAUCCUCACCAGGGUCCUGACCUGACUGCAGUUCGGCAACUUAACCGACUUCUGUGGACAAAUGCUCACAUUCGAUGGCCACUGGCACGCUGGAGAAGUGUGCUCUUGGGAUGCUCUGCAUCAACGUGUAAAACGGUGCUUCCAGUUCCCGCCAAUUACCAGCAACUUUGCACAGCCAUUGUAGAGGAGUGGGACAACAUUCUACAGGCCACAAUCAACAGCCUGAUCAACUCUAUGCGAAGGAGAUGUGUCAUGAUGCAUGAGGCAAAUGGUGGUCACACCAGAUACUGACUGUUUUUUUUAUCCACUCCCCUACCUUAAAAAGAAAAAAGUAUCUGCCACCAACAGAUGCAUAUCUAUAUUCCCAUUAAUGUGAAAUCCAUAGAAAUCCAUAGAGGAAGGCCCUAAAAAUUGUCAAAGACUCCAGCCACCCUAGUCAUAGACUGUUCUCUCUGCUACCACACGGCAAGCGGUAUCGGAGCACCAAGUCUAGGUCCGAAAGGCUUCUUAACAGCUUCUACCCCCAAGCCUGUGUAGCUCAGUUGGUGGAGCAUGGUGCUUGCAAUGCCAGGGUUGUGGGUUAGAUUCCCACGGGGGACCAGUAUGAAAAUGUAUGCACUCACUAAUUGUAAGUCGCUCUGGAUAAGAGCGUCUGCUAAAUGACUAAAAUGUAAAAAUGUAAGCCAUAAGACUCCUGAACAGCUAAUCAUGGCUACCCGGACUAUUUGCGCUGCUGCUGCUGCUACUCUGUUUAUUAUCUAUGCAUAGUCACUUUAACUCUACCCACAUGUACAUAUUACCUCAAUUACCUCGACUAACCGGUGCCCCCACACAUUGACUCUGUACAGGUACCCCGUGUAUAUAGCCUCCCUGCUGUUAUUUUAUUUUACUGCUGCUCUUCAAUUAUUAAUUUAAUUUUUUACUUAACACUUUUUUUUCCUUCUUAAAACUGCAUUGUUGGAUAAGGGCUUGUUUGGCGCAUGUGGCAAAUAACAUUUGAUUUGAUUUGAUUAGGGCAUAAUUAAUUUAUUUCAAUUGACUGAUUUCCUUAUAUGAACUGUAACUCAGUAAAAUCGUGGAAAUUGUUGCAUUCAUAUUUUUGUUCAGUGUCCAUAGCUAAAUAAAUAACAGCAACAAGAUACAACAACUGCUAAUCCCAUCUAAUUUAGCACUUUUAAGACACUUAUAAAAGUGCAAUACAAUUUACAGCUGUUAUUUGAAUGCCAUUUAGUUUUUCCAAACCUUUCAAAGCCAUGGGCUGUAUGUUCAAAACACAUAACAACGAGGACUGCACUGCUUAUGGAUAACAAUUAGUCCUUGAUUGGUGAAGCGACGUACCGUUUUUAAUAGGCCUGCACACCAAUCAAAAGCAACUAAUAUUGGCGCGUCUUCUUACUACUCCGCACUAGGAAACUCGGAUAUUUUCGACUUGCUAACUGGUUGUAGUUAUACACAUGCCGCGUUCAACAAAACAUCAAGUGGAAAAUUCAGAGUUUCCUAGUUCCGAAUAGAAGAUGAACGCGGCAUUUGUUGCAGAAAUUGUGCGAAUCCUCCCAUUUGAUGACGUCAGAUUCGGCUUCGACAAGCUGGUGGUGCCUGAAGAAAAGAUGGCGGAUCAUGAGGAGCAGUUAUCUGAUGAGGAGAAGGUAAGAUGUCGUUUUUUUCAUCUCUUGAUUGGAUUGGAGGACAUAUGAUAUCAUGUAGGUAUGUGUAUGCGUUUAUUUUAAAAAUAUGAAUCUACUGUGCAUAAAAGCUGGAUAAACAGACCGCGAUUUUCGCUCUGCUAGUCUAUAUUUUUAGCUCGGCAGCCUCUGCCCAACUUCCGCUCCUUUGCGAAUCUCAAAUGGAGACUCCUUGUACGGUCCUAACUCUGAAAUAGGAACUAUGCAGCAUAAAACAAAAAAACCAACGCUAACCUCUCACCUUCCUAAUCGUGAACCUUGUAACCAACGCCGAGCUUUCAUUUGUUUCUGUAUCGCUUUGUGUGAUCAUGUCUUCAACUUCUCACGAAUGAGCAGCUAACAUUUAAGCUAGUCACCACCUCGAUCUCUACACGCCAUGUUAGCGUUCUGUCUUUUUUUGUUGUUGCAUGAUAUAUACUGAUCGUGUGCAAUUUACUCAUGUUUGUGUGUGACAGAUAUGACUGUAGUGUUCAAUCUCAGAUUUAAAUAUAACUAAGCCAAACUGGUUAGCAUGAUAGCAUUGCCACUAGAAGGCUAGCUAAGCUGACAUGACAACAGUAGCGCGGGUUGGCUGUAUAUUCUAAUUUCCUUAAAAGGAAUAGCAGUAAAUUAACCAACGCACUGCACAAGAAAUUACUUCAGAUCAAUGCUCAACAUUAUUCAGAUUCAACUAGUUUGUCCACAACAUCUUAACGUCAGAAGUGUAUUAGGAUUUUGACAGGGCAUCGUCCAACGGGUGUGGCUCCCUCUUCCCCAUCAGUCACAGACAUUAGUUAAUCAUGCUAGCGCGUUAAUUAAUGUGAGGACUGAGCCACCAUAUGUCGCCGUGAUGUAAUAUAACAUUUCCAGUACUGUCAGGUUUACCCCCACACCUGACCCAGUAAACCACAAGUUUAAGUCUAGGUGGCUUCACUCAUGAUAUCCCCACACAUAUUUUAGCUAGCUAACGUUAGCUACAGUGCAUCACUGUUGUCAGGUAGUACGAAUACAAUACAAGUAAUGCUAUUUAGACCAUGUAUUUUGCGUUAGUCUUCUCAUGCUAGGGAAACUUUCAGCAGCCAACCAUCUGUUCUAGUGUCUCAAAUGAAUUUAUCUAAAGACGUGCCUUCAGAAAGUAUUCAUACCCCUUGACUUAUUCCACAUUUUGUUGUUAUAGCCUGAAUUGAAAAUGGGUAAAUAGAUUUUCUUUCUCACCCAUCUACAAACAAUACCCCAUAAUGACAAAGUGAAAACAUGUUUUUCGAAAUUUAUGGAAAAUGAACUACAUUAAUAUCUAAUUUACAUAUGUUUCACACCCCUGAGUCAAUACUUUUGUAGAAGGACCUUUGGCAGUGAUUAAAGCUGUGAGUCUUUUUUUUAAAUGUGUCAAAUUGGUUGUUGAUCAUUGCUAGACAAUAAUUUAAUGUCUUAACAUAGAUUUUCAAGUAGGUUUAAGUCAAAACUGUAACUCGGCCACUCACGAACAUUCACUGUCAUCUUGAUAAGCAACUCCAGUGUAGAUUUGGCCUUGUUUUAGGUUAUUUUCCUGCUGAAAGGUGAAUUCAUCUCCCAGUGUCUUGUGGAAAGCAGACUGAACCAGGUUUUCCUCUGAAUUCUGCCUGUCCUUAGCUCCAUUCCGUGUCUCUUUUAUCCUGAAAAACUCCCCAGUCCUUAAAGAUUACAAGGAUACCCAUAACAUGAUGCAGCCACCACUAUCCUUGAAAAUAUGGAGAGUGAUACUCCAAACAUAACACUUUGUAUUUAGAACAAGAAGGACACAUUUUUUUGCAGUAUUACUUUAGAGCCUUGAUGCAAACAGGAUGCAUGUUUUGGAGUAUUUGAAUUCUGUACAGGCUUCCUUCUUUUCACUCUGUCAAUUAGGUUAAUGUUGUGGAGUAACUAUGUUGAUCCAUCCUCAGUUUUCUCCUAUCACAGCCAUUCAACUCUAACUGUUUAAAAGUCACCAUUGGCCUCCUAGUGAAAUCCCUGAGUGGUUUCCUUCCUCUCCGGCAACUGAGUUAUGAAAGACACCUGUAUCUUUGUAGUGACUGGGUGUAUUGAUACACCAUCCAAAGUGUAAUUAAUAGCUUCACCAUGCUCAAAGGGAUAUUCAAUAUCUGCUUUAUUUUAAUUUUUACCCAUCUACCAAUAGGUGCCCUUCUUUGCGAGGCAUUGGAAAACCUCCCUGGUAUUUGUGGUUGAAUCUGUGUUUUAAAUUCACUGCUUGACUGAGGGACCUUAAAGGUAUGUUUGUUGAUCAUUGCUAGACAAUAAUUUAAUGUCUUAACAUAGAUUAUUGAGGAAGUCAUUCAUGAGAUGAGGAAGUCAUUCAUGUUAAACACUAUUAUUGCACACAGGGUCCAUGCAACUUAUGUGACUUGUUAAGCACAUUUUUUAUUUAGGCUUGCCAUAACAAAGGGGAUGAAUACUUAUUGACUCAAGACAUUUCUGCUUUAAAAAAAUACAUUUUCAGUAAAAAUGUGUAAAAAUCGAAUUCCACUUUGACAUUUAUGGGGUAUUGUGUAUAGACCAGUGACCAAAAAAAUAUAAAUGUAAUCCAUUUAAAUUCAGGCUGUAAUGCAACAAUGUGGAAAAAGUCAAGGUGUGUGAAUACUUUCUAGAGGGACUGUAUCUGAGGAGCUAAUGAGAUGUUUCUUUAAUGUGUUUUGACACUUGCCUUGUCUCGUUAUCAAGCAUCCCUUGACAGCCAGCUAGCUGUCAGGAAACCGCUGCCACGGGUGUAAUGCAAAAGUCAUAAACAAGUCCCUUUUUUAAAUAACCAGAUUGACAAACAAGUUAUUUGUGAGACCUUAUAUUUGCUGCUAGGGACUGAUCUUUAUCUCUCGGCGGUGGGGGAUGACUUUUUCAGCUUUCGGCUUUCCUAACCAUUAACAUCACUGUGAUAUUUAGGGAAGACAAAGUUGCCCCUCUGGGUUUUAGUGAAUAUUUGAACAAACAGAAUGUCUUAAUCUUUAAAUGAUUUAGGAAGGAAGAGUCAACGCCGUAGUCGCCAAGCCAUUUUUCCUUCAAGUGCCCUUGCAGUGCAGGCCUGUCAGCUUCCCUGUUACGGCAGAGACGAGCAUCAGAGGAGAUUAGCAUUAGUCUGUUUAUGCUCCACUUGAGAGAUGCUACUGAAUGUAUUGUAUCCUACCGCUGUAGCUUAGCACUGCCAGAUGCGUAGUUGCGUACAUGUCAUCUUUUAAAAUGCCAGUCUGUGUUGAUGUACCCAAGUGAGGGUUGAACUUGAUCAAAGUGACAGAGCGUACAAUGGAAAAGCCAUAGCGAGAGACAAUGCAGUGGUUCGUCUUUCAGAGCCCAGUGAUUGCAACAGUAUGGCCUAGCCUAAUGGCAUAGAAGGCUUUCAGGCGUAGCCUACUGAAUGUAGUAGGCCUAUGUAUGCCUAGUUCAUUGAGUGGGCUGGAGAAGAUUGCCUAUAGAUGGGUUCAUAUGGGAAAGUUAAGUGCAGCCUCACAGAGCCAGUAGCAAUCAAGCUUGUAAACCACAGAUAUAACUACCAAAGCUCAGCCCCAAGGCUGUCUGUCUGGUGUCGUCCUCCCACACCUACUUGACUACUCUCACUGUCUGCAAGUGUCUACUCCACCUUAACUUUUAGUGACCUAUUUUAAGCCUCAGCCAUUUAACAUGGCUUUCUUUUGAAACUAAGAACAAUGUGUUUGGGUGUUAGUCAUUUAGCCUAAGUAAUCUUAUACUUUUUACUGGAGAUUGUUGUCAAGUAGCCUACUCUAAUAAACAAAGAAUGGUUAUCAUGGCUGGACUUAUAGCCACACAUCAUGAUUUCUGUAGGAUUGGUCUAUUUCUCCUGUGUGUUUUUGUGAAGAAUGCUGGGCCUAAGGAACACUACUUGUCUGUGCGUGUCUUCCCUGUUGUCAUAGAUUUGGAUGUACAGGAGAAACAACCCCAGUGGUGCUAUUCAGUCUGCAAACAGCUCCACAUAUAGCAUGGGCCUGCUACAGUAUGACUCUGGGGUGGAAGUACUCAAGAUCUGUUCAUUCCAGUCUUCACAAUCAAUUUGCUGUGCUGCCUCUGGAUUUCUUAUCUUGGCAGCAGGGUGCUUUAGCCACCCAGCCCAAAGCAACAUUCAGGGCUGCAGUGCAAACAGUAGGGCCCUAUAAAAUCUGCUGUUAGCGAUAAUGCUAAUGAUAACUGUCUGCUGGUAGAUAACUGUCUGCUCAAUUAAAUGUUAACUACAAUGUAGCCUAUGCCUACCUGGCAGAAUGAUAUCAUGAUUAUUUGCAUCAAUCCAGUGGCCAUUUCUUUUGAAAACUCUGCAAUCACAUGGGUGCUAUAGAAACACCGCUAACCAAACAACGGUCUCUGGCUGGUGCGUACUGGCAUUAAAGGGUAACUACAACCCAAUUUCAACAUUUCCUAGAUUUUUCCCAGACCUCAAGUGGUCUCCUGUUGUGGUUUAAGUUUUUUCUUUUAAGUGUGAUUUUUCUUAUAGAGCGAAAACCAGAAAAACACAAUGGAAAUUUGGGGAAAAAUUAAACAGAAUCAGGCAAAAAAUGUAACAUUUUAUAGGGCCCUAAAACAGCAAUAACAUUCAGUUGAAACAAGAAUGAACUAGCCUAAGUCUGAAUUUGUUUAGGUGUCGGGCAGUAGUAUUGGUAAGGGAAACACUAAUUGCAUUUGUCAAACUAACCGUAACAAGACCAAGGGCUAGAAUGCCACUGGUCUCAAGUUGUGUCCAAAGCUGAAGAAUUGUGUAAGAAUGACAGAGAUUAUAUACAGCUCAAAGGUAGACAUUUUGGUGUUUGUGUCCUUUGCCCCAUUUAUUUAUUUUCUGGGAUUAGGGAUGGUGCUCUAGAGCUGUGUGUUUUUUGGAAUAACAGAUGCUCCUGGGAGUGUGAAUGUGGGGAAACCGAAACACAACAUCACUGGAGGACAGAGAACACAGAGAGAACAGCUGGUGACUGUCUGCCCAAGAGCUUACAAAGACGAGGCUCCUGCAGGGGGUCUCUCUGUCUGUGUGGCUUUGUGAGUUUGUUCAUACUGUGUGUGUGUGUGUGUGUUAGGCUAUCGUGUAGACCGAAGUGUGUUUUAUAAGAUUAUAGCGAGUAGGGUGGGUGGCUAAUUCCAUAGCCAAAUGUGAAACUAAAAGAUUGUCCUUUGUUGGGAGUUGAUUGAAGUGUCAAAAACAAAAUCCUCCUCAGUGCUGGUCUGUUCUCAGCGUUCCUGUGAAAUGACCUCCGUGUGUUUGCCUGCCCGCCUGGGAGUGGGUGUGAUCCAAACCUAGCGCCACAAGAUCAAGUACUUUAUUCUGUGGACACGACAGCUCCAGCUCUCACACCAAACAGCCAGUUAGUCAGAGGCAGAGCAGCAUCUCUAAUGAAGGGCAUGGUAAAGAUAUAAAGGUUGCCACCAUCCAUGUUUGUCUAAAUACAAUCCGUUGGGUGGUGUAAUAGUGUAGUUAUUCAGAUUAUCUUGAUGAAUGAUUUUUGUCUCUGACGCCAAGUGAUUCUCAUCUUAAACGUCGACUACUAGAUUGUCCAGCUGCAGUCAUAUGAGGCAUUAGGUCUUUACUAAACAUACUAAGUAUCCAAGUAAUGGUUGAUCCUUUCCUCACGUCUCCUUUCUACUGAUGUUACUGCAAGGUAGACGGUAGCACUCAAUGAAACACAACCUAUUCACUUACCCUUUAGCUUUGAAUAAUAUGAUCAUUAGCUGUCAAAUUAAAGCGAGUGUCUGAAGUCUGAAUUUCCUUCAGCGCCUUUGUCUCAGGCUAGCCCUACAGAGAUGACACCAGUGCUCCCCUUGCCCCAGGCUACCUCUGUCACUGUCGAGUCAGCUGGCUAACUUCUAGCCUUCCUGCCAGCGUGCCUCCCUCUCUCUUUAGUCUCACCUUGAUCUUCACCAUGGCGAGGUGCAAAAAUACCCUCAAAGCAAUCUGGUGGCGAUCACUGCAUGCCUCUCACACCACUUCUCACUUCAGUAAAUCAGUUUCAAUUCAAUAAAGUUGUGAUUGAAUGUAGAGGAAGGAGGAUCACGUUUCAGAACAGUUAGUGUGUGUCUGCUCUGUCUGACCAAAGCUCUCCACGUGCUGAAGAAUACCUGCAUGGUCUCCUGUCAUGACCCACCCACACACACACUCUGAACAGAUGUGUCACUCAGUUAAAGAAUAAAGAUGGCCAAGUGAUUAUGAUAUUAUUAUUGGCUUGGAAAAGGGCCAGUGAUUUGCACUGAAUUUAUAUAUUCAUUUAUUGAGCCCUUGGUCAGGUAGUUUUUGUAAAAGAGAAUAUGUUGUCUUUAAAACUAGAGUUAGGCCUACCCUUAUUGGACCCGAUCAUAGCGUUACCCUACCGCUGCACUGGGUUAACUUCUAUAUAGUGACACUAACACAACACGUCUGUUGGGCGUGAAUAAAAGGCAUGAUGCACUUAAUUAGGACUCUAUUGGUAGAGCACGGCGCUUGUAACGCCAAGGUAGUGGGUUCGAUCCCUGGGACCAGCUGACUUCCCAUACAAAAAAAAAAUGUAUGCACGCAUGACUGUAAGUCGCUUUGGAUAAAAGCGUCUGCUAAAUGGCAUAUUAUAUAUUAUAUAAGAGGGAGCAGUGAAAUAAAAUGGCACAGCAUCUCACAAUGCUAGGCUUAUAAGAGCAGAGUUGAGUGUAAAUGUAGCUGAGGAACGCUCCACUCUGUUCUCUUAUAUCGAGGCGGAGUUGAGUAUUGAUAACUGGUCGCGCGAUUUGCUAGCGACAACAUUGAGUCACCAUCAGUUGAUACUGGUAAAAUGUUCAAUUCUGAAAACUCUGACCUAUGCUUGUCCUGUACAACUGUGGUCCUUCCGCGGGGUGCUGAAAUUCAUACUUUUUAUUGAAUACAACCACCGACUUUUCCUCAUUUGUGUUGCUCAACUCGGCGUGAAUGCGCUUGUGCCAAUUGAAUCUCAGUUUACGUAGUACAUCAAGGCCGCUACGUCUCCAGUUGAGCAACACCAAUUAGGUGUAUUAAAAGUAUGAAUUUCAGCACCCAGCGGAAGGACCGCAGUUGUACAGGACAAGCAUAGGUACAGGUAAGCGUUUUCAGAAUUGAACAUUUUACCAGUAUCGACUGGUGGUGACUCAAUGUUGUCGCUAGCAAAUCGCACUGCCAGUUAUCAGUACUGCCAGUUAUCAACUCUGCCUCGCUAUAAGAGAACGGAUUUGAGCGUUCCUCAACUAGUGUAAACGAAGCAUAGCAGAUAACACUGCAGCGCCACUAUGGGGCUUUCAAGGAAAGUUUAUUUACAUUGCUCUGAGGUAUAAUAAGGGAGGCCUGAUCCAAAUGGCUCCUCCGUAGGGAUUUUAGCAAUGAACACUUUUUCCCAGAGCAAGACCAGCAGCAACGAAGACACACACACACGCAAGAAUCCCAGAGCACCUCUCUUGCUCUCACCAUAUCAUCACUCAUUAGUGAGAAUCAAUCUGCAGCUGCGCUGAGCUCCAAAGCUCUCAUACACACCACUAAUAAGGGCCCAAGGGAGAGACACACACCACCUCCUCCCCCCUCACUUUCCCAGCCUGUCAGGCCAGGGGGGGUGGGGAACAGGGACGAUGGACUAGCCAAGCCACAUGCCAAGCCCUACCCUGUCAGAGAGAGGGAGGGGUGCACUUCACUACUAGGCUCCUCAGCACAUUUUCAUGCCCUUAUAUGGUCAUGAGCCACCAGGGGAGGGAGGGGCUACCCGCCCCGCGCUGUCAGUUUCACAUGUGACCUCCAAACAGGAAAUGUUGUGGUACAGCAGUGGAGAAGUGGGGGACAGACAGUUAUGUUAUAAAGAGAGGACAACUCUGGGUGCACAGUGGCUGAGAAUUGUGGUUGUAAACCCACUGUAUUUGUCUAUGCUUUGGGCUCAACAACAGAAAAUACAGUUCUCGUCAGUCCUCAUUAGAUGCUUAUCUGAGAGACUAACUUAAAAGCAUGUGAAUGGGGUCAACACUUCUUGAACCAGUGGUUGCUUGCAUGUUUCGCACUUCCCCUUAUUGACAAGGUGUUUAAUAACUGAUUAACAUAAUCACGAUAAGAGGGGAUAACCCUCCUACUGAAACCAAGUCAAGUCAAACCAAAGCCAAAUGACCACAGAUGGAUAAAAACCUGAUAUCUCUAUCAUUGCAAUAUUACAAAUAAAUUACUUUAUACAACAAACAGUUUGUUUUAACCUCGGAAAUCAUUGCACACGCUAUGGAACAGCAGAGUAUGUAUAACAUUUUUGUAUGUUUAUUUGAUAGAUCAGGAUGAAAGAGGAGAGUGUGCUGAAAUGGCAGUGGGCCGGAUUUGAACCACCCACAUUAUUAUUUUACCACAAUGCUCCUCUGUUUCAUAAACAAAACAAUAACAAAUAAGCUAGGGCGAACAGUGGCACUCUUUCCCCUUAUGCGGAUAUCAGCUUUAAAGUGUCUGUCUUGCUGUUUUUGUAGGUACGCAUAGCAGCAAACUUCGUCAUCCACGCCCCACCGGGAGAGUUCAACGAAGUUUUCAAUGGUGAGAUUUUGUCAGUGUGUGGGGUUUAUUUGUGAGUGUUUGUCUGUCUAUGGACCAAAGUCAGGAUACUAGUAUGUGAGCACCACAGUUCUAUCUGAAAGGGCAUGAAGUCACAGCAUCCUGAUGAGUGUUUGUCACUUGAGCUGAUAUGACACAGAUAAACCUUUGCAUCUCGAAACCACACACUGCAGAACAGAGUUCUCUCUCAGUAUCUCAACAUUUCUGUCUCACACCCAAAUGCGCUCUCUAGUCUUCUACUAGCCUGCUGCAAAUAAUUUCUAAGAGAGGGAGAGACUGAGUCCCCUGAGAGGGAGUCCUGUCUUUCUAAUCAAAGUAGCUGGCCCAUAAUCCCCAUCAGACCAUGCACUAUGCUACUAACAUAACGCAUUAAUGACAGACAUCACAAAGGCCAGACUGAGGAUGUUUCUCAAUAUGCAUACUACCGUACUCCACACACUCAUGCUCAGAGUGCAUUCUCCGAGGACGUUCUCUUGAGUACGUUCUUGUGAGGACGAGAGUGUGGAGAACACAUAAAACAUUACAUUUGAGAAAGCACUUGCACUCCGCAUACACAAACCAAACGUUUUACUUUAUUUAUUUUUUUAUUUUUUAUUAAUUUUUUGUCAUUUAGCAGACGCUCUUAUCCAGAGCAACUUACAGGAGCAAUUAGGGUUAAGUGCCUUGCUCAAGGGCACAUCAACAGAUUUUUCACCUAGUCGGCUUGGGGAUUAGAACCAGCGACCUUUCGGUUACUGGCACAACGCUCUUACCCACUAAGCUACCUGCCGCGACCUACUUCAUAAUUAUCAGCUAGAUAUAUGUGAAUCGUAAUAAUCUAGCUAGCCAGCGAGUUAAACAGGCAAAAAUGACCUAAAACUAAUUUUAUGCAAGGUAGAUGUACAUUUUUGGUGGGUAGUUACCAAUUGUUUGUGGCUAUCUGGCUACCUAACAGUAGUAGCUAGCCAGUAAACCCUAUUGACUUAUGGGCUUGCGAUCAGGUAAACAUGGCAAAAUUAACACCAUGUAUUUAUUAAAGUAUCAAGAUAAAAUAUUGUAGUCAGGCAACAUAUGAGAUGUGAAUAGGCAACAUUUCAUUCCAAAGUCAGUGUAUUUUCACUCGCUUUAGCUCCCAAAAAAAAGAAUAUGUGCGUAAUUGUUUUACGUGGUUGCAUCAUAUUUCUUAGCAUACUUUCGGUUGAAGCUUGCAUCGAUGUAUGCUUCAAAAUAUGUAAAAACAGAAUACGCAUUCAAGAAGUGCCCUCCGUGCUCCGUUUCGCAUACUUUGAUAUGGACUCAUACUCCGACCAUCCCGUGCUCCGAGCACGGUAGUAUGCAUUUUGAGACCGGACAGGGACAAAGACCCAGGGACUAUUUAGCACAUUGACACACAGUAAAACACUGCCUCCCAGUUAAAGUGGUGACUUAGAAGUGGGGGCUUAAAGAGACACUAUUUAGUGGGGGGGGAUUCCGAGGGCUAUGCGUGUGUACUCCUGCCCCUGUCUGUGAUUAGCUUUGUGACCUCGGAGUGCCUCCUUAUCGCAGCCCCACACACACACACACACACACACACACACACUGUGUCACUGCUUCCCCUUUCAUUUAUUUUGAUUUCACAGCCCUUUACAGUGUGUCAACUUGCCAUGGCUGGUUUAGCUUCAUCCUAGGGCUCUCAAUUCAAUUUCAAUUUAAGGGGCUUUAUUGGCAUGGGAAACAUGUUUACAUUGCCAAUGCAAGUGAAAUAAACAAGGGAAAUAAACAGUCAAAAAUGAACAGUAAACAUUACACUCAAGAAUUAUAGACAUUUCAAAUGUUAUUAUUGUCUAUGUACAGUGUUGCAACAAUGUGCAAAUAGUUAAUGUAUGAAAGGGAAAAUAAAUAAACUGAUAAAUAUAGAUUGUAUUUACAAUGGUGUUUGUGCUCCACUGGUUGCCCUUCUCUCUCUGUGUGUCUGUGAUGAAAGUGUAAUCCCCAUGCUAGCACUGUGACUGGAAUGUGUAUGUAUAAUGGAGAGGAAUGUGAUUUGAUGUGAAUCCUCCUGUGUGUCUGUGUGUGUGUCUGUGUGCUGUAGGUUUCUGAGCUCUGACGUGUGGUUCUGUACUUCCCACAGAUGUACGAUUGCUGCUCAACAAUGACAAUUUGCUCAGGGAAGGUGCAGCACAGUAAGUAAUGAAAUAUAGACCAGUGGUCUGCUCACGUCAUAAACUAUCCAACAGAAUGAGUAUAUUAUUAACCAACUGAGAAGAUGAGACCUUUGUUUCUCCAGGAAAUAAUUGACUAUUGUACCUGUUUCUGUCUGUUUCUUUAGUGCUUUUGCACAGUACAACGUGGACCAGUUUACACCGGUGAAAAUAGAGAAAUAUGAAGAACAGGUACGCUAAACACCAUGACUUAUAGGAAAUGAAUACAGCGAAACAAGACAUGCAUGUAUUUCAACUAUCCACAGCCCUUAUAGAGUCAAAGCCUAUGGAUACUAGUGACUCCUGACCUGGUAUCAUCAGAAACAAACCGCUAUAGGGAUAAACAGCGCUAGUCAUGGGUUCUAAGAAUAACUACAAAAAUGAAUGAAGCCUAGCAUCUUCAGACCUGCCUUAGGGAUCAUGUCUAAUUGAAUGGACGGAAUAAUAUAAGCCUUGUUGCAUAUUGAUUGUAUUUUUCCUAUGUUUUAUACACAAACAAUAAUUCCUCUUCUAGUACUAUGGUGGUACUAUUCCAGUUCAGUGUGGUUGUGAUGUUGCCUAGGUAACACAGUGAUACAUCAAUAAAUGUUCAGGUUAGCACACACUAGAAUGAGUGUCAGGGAUGGUCACACCUCUUUUCCUCUUUCCCUCCCUUUCUCCCCUUUUUGUCUCCCUCUUCUUGCCUUCCUACGGAUCCUCUCUCUCUGUCUCUCUCUGUCUCUCUCUGUCUCUCUCUGUCUCUCUCUGUCUCUCUCUGUGUCUCUCUGUCUGUCUCUGUCUGUCUGUCUGUCUGUCGCUCUGUCUGUCUGUCUUCGCUCUGCUGUCUGUCUGUUCUGUCGCUCUCUGUCUUCUGUUCUGUCGCUCUCUGUCUGUCUGUCUGUCGCUGCUCUGUCUGUCGUGUGGUCGCUCUCUGGUCUGUCUGGCUGUCGCUCCUGUCUUGUCUGUCUGUCGCUCCUGUCUGUCGUGUCUGUCCCUCUCUGUCUGUCUGUCUGUCGCUCCUCUCUCUGUCUGUCUGUCGUCUCUCUCUCUGUCUGUCUUCGCUCUUCUCUCUGUCUGUCUGUCUCUGCUCUCUCUGUCUGUCUCUCUCUCUGUCUGUCUCGUCUCUCUCUCUGUCUGUCGCUCCGCUCUCGUGUCGUCUGUCGUCUCUCUGUCGCUCCUCUGUCUGUCUCUCUGUCGUCUGUCUCUCUCUGUCUCGUCUCUCGCUCUGCUGUCUCUGUCUCUCUCUCGCUCUGUCUCGCUCCUCUCUCUGUCUCGCUCUCUCUCUGUCUCGCUCUCUCUCUCUGUCUCGCUCUCUCUAUGUCUCGAUUCGCUCUCACUCUCUCUGUCUCGCUCUCGAUCUCUCUGGUCUCGCUCUCACUCUCUUGUCUCGCUCCUCUAUUCUCUCUCUGUUCGCUCUCUCUGUAUCGUCUCUUCUCUCUCUGUCUCGUCUCCUCUCUCUCUCUUCUAGCUCUCUUCUCUGCUCUCUGCUCUCUAUAUCUAGGUCUUAAUCACAGAGCAUGGAGACUUGGGCAAUGGGCGGGUCCUGGACCCUAAAAACAAGAUCUCCUUUAAGUUUGACCACCUGAGGAAGGAAGCUAGUGACCCGCGGCCCCACGAUGUGGAUGGAGCCAUGGAGGGCUGGAGGAGUGCUGUGGAUGGUGCUGUCCGGGCCUACGUCAAGGAGCACUACCCCAGUGGAGUCUGCACCGUACGUCUGGGCUGCAUAACACCAUCUCCUUCCUGAUCCUGUGCUGUUGAAUUUGUCAUUUGAUCAUGUAAAAUGCGAAUUUGAUAACUGAGUUCACUGGAAAUGUGUCAAAUCUCACCUUAGAUUUACGGCAAAACCAUAGACGGACAUCAAACCAUCAUCGUGUGUAUCGAGUGUCAUCAGUUUCAACCAAAAAACUUCUGGUAUGUAUGGAUUUUAGAAUCAAAGAUGCCAGAUUAAUUAAGUAUGUUUGUGGUUUUAGAUUUCUAAUCAUGUAAAUGGCUUUAAACUCUCUCCAGGCAGAAUAAAAAAAUGUUUAGCCUAUAAACUUUCUAUUGUCUGGUUUACACGCUAAACACUUCAAACACCAUCUUAGCUUGCUUUGUUCGGUACUUGGCUAACCAGUGCCUGUUGGUUUAGAGAGUGUUGGCCUCCCAUUACCUUGUUGAGCCAGCCCUGAUCAGGUUAAUAUAAUUGAAUAAGGGCCGUGCCAAUCCUCUUUGCAGUGGGUUUUACUGAGCUUAGGGCUCCCUGAGUGUAAUGAUCUUACAGCUUCUGUACAAGAUCUGAUACCUCUUAGGAAAGACUCUGCUGUGUAGUGGAGAGAGGGGGAUUGAGAGACAACACUCAACACAGACCCACUUUGAGAGCUUGUAGAUGUACUAAAUACUUAAUUUCUUCUCUCUUUGUAAAGGAACGGACGUUGGAGGUCAGAGUGGAAAUUCACAAUCGGCUCCUCCACCACUCAAGUGGCUGGCAUCAUGAAAAUCCAGGUGUGUGUGUGUGUGGGCAUGAUUGCGUGUAAGGCAAUUGAGUUCCAGACAAUCGCACACUAAUCACACGCUUCUCUCUGUCUGGUUGUAGGUUCAUUACUAUGAAGACGGCAACGUUCAGCUGGUCAGCCACAAAGAGGUCCAGGAGUCGAUGUCCAUUUCUGUGAGUACAUCACUAAACAUACAUGUGGAAAAACACCCAUUAAAACAUGUUACGUUAGUAUGUAUGUACAGUACCAGUCAAAAGUUUGGACACAUCUACUCAUUCAAGGGCUUUUUUUUUUUUUUUUUUUUUACUGUUUUCUACAUUGUAGAAUAAUAUUAAAGACAUCAAAACUAUGAAAUAACACAUGGAAUCAUGUAGUAACCAAAAAAGUGUUAAACAAAUCAAAAUAGAUUUUAGAUUCUUCAAAGUAGCCUUGAUGACAGCUUUGCACACUCUUAACCAGCUUCACCUGUAAUGCUUUUCCAACAGUCUUGAAGGAGUUCCCAGAUAUGCUGAGCACUUGUUGGCUGCAUUUUUUUGUGUGUAUUUUACACCCUUUUUCUCCCCAAAUUCGUGGUAUCCAAUUGGUAGUUACAGUCUUGUCCCAUCGCUGCAACUCCCGUACGGACACGGGAGAGGCGAAGGUCGAGAGUCCUCCGAAACACAACCCAACCGAGCCGCACUGCCUCUUGACACAGUGCCCGCUUAACCUGGAAGCCAGCCGCACCAAUGUGUCGGAGGAAACACCGUACACCUGGCGACCUAGUCAGCGUGCACUGCGCCCGGCCCACCACAGGAGUCGCUAGUGCGCGAUGGGACAAGAACAUCCCUGCCGGCCAAACCCUCCCCUACGCUGGGCCAAUUGUGCGCCACCCCAUGGGUCUCCCGGUCGUGGCCGGCUGCGACAGAGCCUGGACUCGAACCAGGAUCUUUAGUGGCACAGCUAGCACUGCGAUGCAGUGCCUUAGACCACUGCGCCACUCGGGAGGCCCCACAAAUUAACUUUUAACAAGGACAGAUUUGUUAAUUGAAGAGUGUGCAAAGCUGUCAUCAAGGCAAAGGGUGGCUACUUUGAAGAAUCUUAAACAUAUAUUUUGAUUUGUUGUUUUUGGUUACUAUAUGAUUCCAUAUGUGUUAUUUCAUAGUUUUGAUGUCUUCACUAUUAUUCUACAAUGUAGAACAUAUUAAAAAUAAAGAAAACCCCUUGAAUGAGUAGGUGUGUCCAAACUUCUGACUGGUAUUGUAUGUUUGACUAUCCAUGAUUUGAACCUCUUGAUUCACCUCCUGAUUCCACUCUGUUCCUCUUCACUAGGACGAAGCUGCAACUGCAAAGGAGUUCGUUAAGAUCAUGGAGGCUGCAGAGAACGACUACCAGGUGUGUGGGAUUGGAAAGCUUUGAUAUGGACACACAUGCAUACAAAGUAGUUGCUGUAACAUUUAGUACACAAGAUACUGAAGCAUCAUAGUUUGCCACUAGUGUGCCCUCAACAUUACUAGAAUUACUAGUCACAUGGCACAAGUUGUUCUUAUUCUUUUGUAAUGUCAAAACACUGUCUCUGGAAACCGUCACCGUGUGACAAUUCCUGUCAAUUGUGGUUGUUAUUGUGACACCCCAAAGUCCAGAUUCAUUUCGCUCUCCUCUCUUACCCCGUCAGACUGCCAUCAACGAGAAUUACCAGACCAUGUCGGACACCACCUUCAAAGCCUUGCGCCGCCAGCUUCCCGUGACGCGCACCAAGAUCGACUGGAACAAGAUCUUGAGCUACAAGAUUGGCAAGGAGAUGCAGAACGCUUAA